AAAUGUAAUGCACAAGAAUUUAAGAUCCAUAGCUCUUAAUAAAUAUUUUUUGCCAUUCCUCCCCAUGUCUUCACAGCAUUUGCCUCUUUCGCAAUCACAAAAUACAUCUAUCUAUCCGCCUUUUUUUUCCAAAAAUGGCCGAAGAAGUUCUCUUCAACAUUGCUGGAGACAUCAUCAAGAAACUGGGUUCUGGAGUUCUCCAACAGAUUGGGCUGUGGUGGGGUGUCAACGAUGAACUCGAGAAACUCAAAAGCACACUCACCACAAUCCAAGCUGUGCUUCUUGAUGCAGAGGAGAAGUCUGCCUUGAAUAAUCAGGUCAAGCUCUGGCUCGGAAAGCUAAAAGAAGUUGUUUAUGAUGCUGAUGACUUGCUGGAUGACUUCUCCACCGAAGCUUUGCGUCGCCAAGUAAUGGGAGGAAAUAAAGUCUCGAAGGAGGUAUGCCUUUUCUUUUCACCAUCCAAUCGAAUUGUUUAUGGUUAUAAGGUGGGUCAUAAGAUUAAGGCAAUUAGGGAGAGGCUGGAUGCCAUUGCCAAAGAUAGGCAAGACUACCCCCUUGACCUUCUGGAGCGCUUCAGAGAGGCGCCAUUGUUAAGUAGGGGAAGGGACCAAACUAUCUCAUAUGUAGGUGAGGAAGAAGUCAUUGGGAGGGAAGAUGAUAGAAAGGCAAUUGUAGAUCUUUUAUUACACUCCACCACUGAAGACAAUGUCUCGGUCUUUCCCAUUGUAGGGAUGGGAGGGUUAGGAAAGACCACGUUAGCGCAAUAUGUUUAUAAUGAUGAAAAAGUCAAAACUCAUUUUGACCUGAAGUUGUGGGUGUGUGUCUCUGAUGUCUUUGAUCUAAAAGUAAUAGUAGAAAAGACAUUAAAAUCAAUCGGAAAAGAGCUAGGAAACUUUGAGUUGGAUCAAUUGCAAGCACGUCUUCGAAAUGAAAUUAGUGGAAAGAAAUAUUGCUUAGUGUUGGAUGAUGUUUGGAAUGAGGAUCUUAAAAAAUGGCUUGACUUAAAGGUAUUAUUGAUGUGUGGUGCUAGGGGAAGUUGGAUCUUGGUAACCACUCGCUCUGAAAUGGUUGCAAAAAUAACUGGUACAUUGCCACAUUAUCCUCUAGAGGGCUUAGCUCUAGAUAAGUCUUGGUCUUUGUUUAAGAAAAUAGUGUUUAAGGGAGAAGAGCCAAAGAGUCCUAAUGUGAAACCGAUUGGAGAGCAGAUUAUAAAGAAAUGUGGUGGAGUUCCCCUUGCAAUAAAGACAAUUGCAAGUAUUUUAUACUUUAAAGAAACAGAAGGAGAAUGGUUGCGUUUUUUACAAGAUGAUCUUUCCAAUAUAGCUCAAAAUGAGAAUGGUAUUUUACCAACACUUAAGUUGAGUUAUGAUCAUCUCUCACCCCAUUUGAAGUAUUGUUUUGCAUAUUGUGCAUUAUUUCCUAAAAAUUAUGAGAUUGAUGUGAAGACACUGAUUCAUCAAUGGAUUGCACAUGGAUUUAUUGAGUUAUCAAAUAAGAGUGCAUGCAUUGAAGAUAUUGGGAUUGAGUAUUUUAUGGAUUUAUGUUGGAGAUCAUUUUUUCAAAAUGUGAAAAGGGAUGGAUUUGGGAAUAUUCAAAGUUGCACAAUGCAUGAUUUGAUGCAUGAUCUUGCAACUUUGGUUGCUGGGAAAGAGAUUAGCAUAAUGAAUUCUAAAGAAAAAAGUGUUGAUGAAAGAGUGCGUCAUUUGAAAUUGGACUUUCGUUUAGAUUCAUCAGACAUAAUCCCUGUUGUUUUAAGUAUUCCGAAAAAAUUGAGAAGUUUUAUUUUGCCACAUCAAGAAUUCUAUGAUCUUGAUGCAAUUCGUAUUUUUUCAAACUUUAAGCAGUUGCGCGUCUGUGGUAUGCAAGAUUGUAGAAUGACAGAAGUGUCUAGUUCCAUAGAAAGUCUAAAACAUUUGAGAUAUCUUGAUGUUUCAAAAAAUUCAGAAAUCAAAGCACUUUCAAAUUCUAUUACAAACCUACAGAAUUUGCAAGUGCUAAAUGUCUCUGGCUGUCAAUAUCUCAAGGAGUUGCCUGAAGAUAUUAAAAAUUUGAGUAAUCUUAGGCAUUUAUAUUGUCAUAAUUGUUACUCUUUGACUCAUAUGCCACGUGGGCUUGGGCAACUGACUUCACUCCAGACACUGACAUGGUUUGUAGUGGCAAAAGAUAGUUCAAUCUCAAAGAAUGUUGGAGGAUUAGAUGAACUGAAUAGCCUCUACAAUUUGAACGGAAGUCUCCAAAUUAGAAAUUUGGGAUUUGUGAAAAAUGGGAAAGUAAAUCCUAAUUUGGAGAAGCUGCUUCUUCAAUCAUUGGUUCUAGUAUCGAGUCGAUAUGGUGAUGCAAGGGCUGAUGUAAAUGGUGAUAGUGAAGAAAUGGCACUGCAAAAUCUCCGACCAAAUUCUAAUCUUAAAGAGUUAAAGGUGUAUCAGUAUGGAGGCAGGAGUUUCCCAAGUUGGCUUUCUUCCCUCACAAAUCUUGUCCAUAUCCUGUUAGUGCGUUGUAGCAGUUGUAAGCAUCUUCCAGCAAUGGAUCAAAUCUGUUCUCUUCGAAAGCUAGAGAUUGGUGGUCUAGAUGAUUUAGAAUACAUAGAAAUUGAGGGACAAGGAACAUCAUUUUUUCCAUCUCUGAAGUAUCUCAUUAUAAAGUAUUGUCCGAAGCUAAUGGGAUGGCAGAAGAAGAGGGAUGAUUCAACAGCUAAGCUAGCCCAAUUUACGUUUCUUUCCCAGUUCAUUUGUCAUAAUUGCCCUAAAUUGAGUUGGAUCCCUCAGUUUCCAUCUCUCAAUGAAGCACUAGAAUUGAACAAUGUAAGCUUGCAACUUGUGCAGGAAAUAUUCACACCAUCAAUCUCUUCUUCCUCAACCGUUCCUCCUUUCUCUCAAUUGAAGACGCUCAUGUUUUCUCAAUUAGCAGUCGAAUCUCUACAGCCAUAUGGACUGCAGAAUCUCACUUCUCUUGAGAAACUAACAAUAUUUGAUUGCCGAAACUUGAAGUCUCUACCUCAAGAGAUGCGUUCCCUCACCUCUUUACGAAAAUUGCAUAUUUAUGGAUGUCCUAUAUUGAGGAGAAGAUGUGCAAAUAAAUAUUGUGAGGAUUGGCCUUUAGUUUCUCACAAAUUUUAUCUGAAAUUUUAUACUGAUUCUUUACUUACUAUAGUGCGUUUUAAUUUUGACUCUGUUGUGAAUGAGAUUUCAAAUCUCUUGAAGGCCUUGCCGCCAGUGGUGAUUUCCCAUGUUCUUCAUGAGGCUAAUGCUGUGGCUGACUCGUUGGCUAAGGAAGGACUUGCCCGUAAUUCAGAUCUGUUGCUGUUGGAAUCUUUUCUCCUUGUGUCGGAGAGUCAUCACUAUUUUGCGUUGUGGCUUGGGAUGUUCGGUUGUUGGCCUAGUGUGGUUUGCAGUAAGCUAUUGUUAAAUCUGGUUGAGUGCUUCUGUUUCUUGCUUGUUUUAUGCUUGCGAUUCUAG